AUGGCGCUGGCGAUGCUGCGGGACUGGUGCAGGUGGAUGGGUGUGAACGCGCAGCGAUCCCUGCUGCUCCUGGGCAUCCCAGAGGACUGUGAGGAGGAUGAGUUCCAGGAGGCAGUGCGGGCCGCCCUGUGGUCCCUGGGCAGGUACCGAGUGCUGGGCAAAGUCUUCAGGAAGGAGCUGGGGACCAGAGUCGCCUUGAUUGAAUUUGCUGACUACUUAAACCGCAGCCUCAUCCCCAGACAGAUUCCAGGCAAAGGGGGACCCUGGAGGGUGAUCUACCUGCCCCAAGUCCCUGAUGCUGAAUUGCAGGGGAGACCCACUUUGCCUGAACAGCCCCAGGGGCAAGAAGUGACCAACAGGACAGGUGAGGCAGGAGCUGAAGAUGAGGCAGGAGCUGAGGAUGGGCCAGAAACUGUAGGUGAGGUAAGAGCCCCAGGUGAAGCAGGAGGCCCACGUGAGGUAGGAGCUGCAAGUGAGGCAGGAGGCCCAAUUGAGGCAGGAGCUCUAGGUGAUGUAGAACUUGAGAAUGUGGUAGAAGCUGUAGGGGAGUCAGGAGCCCCAGGUGAGACUGAAGCCACAGUUGACACAGAAGCUGCAGGUGAGAGAAGAGAUGAGAAUGUGGCAGAAGGUAAAGGUGAGGUCGGAGCCAAAGGUGAUGCCGGAUCUGCAGAUGAGGCAGGUGCUGCAGAUGAGGCAGGUGCUGAGAAUGGGACAGAAGGUAAAGAUGAAGAAGGAGCAGCAGGUGAGACAGGAGCCCCAGGUGAGGGAGGAUUCCCAGGUGAAACAGGAGUUAAGACUGUGGCAGGGGCUUCGGGUGACACAGGAGCCCCAGGUGAGGCAGGAGUUGAGGAUGUGGUAGAAGCUGCAGGAGAGACAGGUGCUGCAGGUGAGGCAGGAGCUGCAGGUGAGGCAGGAGCUGCAGGUGAGGCCGAAGCUGCAGGUGAGGCAGGAGCUGCAAGUGGGGUAGGAACAGCAGGUGAGGCAAGAUAUGAACGUAUAGCCGGAGUGUUAGGUGUAGCAGCAGCCUUAGGUGAGGCACGAGAUGAAGAUGAGGCCGAUGUCUGGGUGCAGCAAUGGAGGAACGCCCUGCAACCCAUGGUGCAGAGUCUGGCCUACCAGGAACUGAGACCCUUUUCCGGGCGGGAAGAGCCUGUCCCUGGGGAAGAGCCCUUUGAGGGCUGGCUGGACCACGCCUACGACAUGAUGUACCUGUGGCGCCAUGUGUCAGAGAGGGAGAAGAGGAGGAGGCUGGUGGAGUGCUUGAGUGGCCCCGCCCUGAAUCUUCUGUGCGGGCUGCUCGCAGAAGACCCCAACCUCCCCACACAGGACUGCCUUGUUGCCAUAGUGCAGGUGUUUGGGACCCAGGACACACGCAUGACAGCACGACUCAAGUUUCUCACCUGCACCCAACAGCCCGGGGAGAGCCUUUUUGCCUACGUGAUGCGCCAGGAAGGCCUGCUGCAGAUGGCCAUGGAGAAGGGGGCGGUGCACCCGGCCAUUGCAGACCAGGUGCGUGCACGGCAGGUGCUGAUGCGGGCCCGCCCCAGUCUAAUGCUAUACAACAAGCUGAGGCAGAUGCGCAUGGUGGGGCAGCCUCCUGGCUUCGUGGGGCUGCUGCGGAUGGUUAGGGAGACUGAGGCAUGGGAAGCUGCCCAGGCCAGGAGGGAACAGUCCCUGGCAGAGGAAGGGACCUGUGGAGCCCAGGCUACCAUGCAGGUCACCCCAAUCAAUGAAAAUGCUGCCCAGGCUGCCCCAGCCUAUGAAGAUCCUGCUGAGGAGACCAUAAAUGGUGAAAGUGCUGCCCAGUCUGACCCAGCCAAUGAAUUUGCCACAGAAACUGCCUUAAGUGGUGGAGAAGCUGCUGAGGUGGCAUCAGCCAAUGAAGAUGUCAACCAACUCAACCCAGUCAGUGAGGAUAGUGCAGGAACUGCCCCCGGCGGUGACUGUGCUGACCAGGUUGACCUCGCCAAGGAAGAGGCUGUUGAGGAGGCCCCAGGAAGUGAAAAUGCCACCUUCACCACUCUGACCAAUGAAUACGUAGCCCAGACCGCUUCUGCCAAUGAAGAUGCUGCCAAAGCUGCCCUAAACAAUGAAGAGGCCAAUGAGGCUCUUCAGGACACUGGAGAUGCCACUGAACCCACUGCAAAGGCCGCCCCUGCCACUCACAAAGCAGAAAGUGUUCCCGCUCUAGCCCAGGUGGGCAGCGCUCCUGGGUCCGGCCCGGGAGGCUCAGGCUGUGGGCCCGAGGGCCUCGCCCAGGCAGGAGAACCGGAAGCCAUGGAGGCGGAGGAGGCCGCGGAGCCCCACAACGACGACGACGAGGAGCGGCUCCAGCCCAUCCUGGAGGAGUCUGAGAACGAGGGCGAGGCAGGCGAGCUGAGCCUGCCCGAGUCCUUCGAGUCCACCUCAGACCACCCUUCUGAGGGGCCCCAUCCCAUCGCGGCCCCACCACGCAGUGCCACCACGAAGCCCCAGCCCCACGCCUGCUUGCCCAGGAGCACCCAGACCAGGGCCACCUGGAGACACGGCCUCCAUGCCCCUUCCCUCUUCGUCGUCGUCGUCCACUGGACCCCAGCCCAGCCCCGGAAGACGGCGGACACGGGAGUGACCACCCUCACCCCGAGCGCUACCUACCGCCUGAAGGAAGAAGGAUGGACCUGGAGGGCUGAGGGGGUCCACGAAGGGACUGUGCUUGAAACUCCACCCCUGCUGCUGUUGGUGACUCCGUUUCCUUGA